AUGCAUAGGCAAGCCCCUGAAGUGAUAGCGACAAGAAUUUACACGGUCAAGUGUGACGUUUACUCUUAUGGCAUCACCAUCUGGGAAGUCUUCAACAAUGGGGAAAUUCCGUUCACGGGAAUAGACAACAAAACUAUCAGGUCCAAGAUAUCCGACAACAAAUUUCGUCCUCCCAUCGAUUUUUCUGUACCAAUCGUUGUUCGGAGAGUGAUAAAGACGUGCUGGAGAGGAGAUCCCAAGAGAAGACCCACGAUGUCGCAAGCGGCUCGUUACCUGGUUGGCGCUCCUCCGGAGCUGUAA